AUGAUCGCUCCAACCCUGCCGCCCGUACCCCGUCGGGCCGCAACCGCUGCCGCCGUUGCUACGGCCCAACCAUAUCUCGCCGAGCGACAGGUCCUGAUCACUCAAACCAUCACCAGCGGCGACUCGGUAUACACAACCAUCGUGACUCUGGGUCACGGCGACGGCUCGACAGCGACAGAAGCCCCAGGUGAAGCCUCACAACCACAGGCCACGGCUGCACCGCCCUCAGAAAACAGCUCGUCGCCUGCAUCAUCUGGCGGUUUGACCCAGCAGCAGAUUGGCAUCAUCGUAGGGUGCUGUGUCGGCGUGGCCGUGCUCCUGUUCUUGGCUUGGUUCUGUCUAGACUUGGCACGCCGAAGGAAGCUGCGCGAAAAGGAAAAACCUCCAGUCCCUGUAGUUGGAACCACUGGAUUCGACAACUGGUCAUUCUCUUACAUAUCCGAUGUCACGCAGCCAGAAGUCGCCGCCUGGACACAGUAUCAUCGUGUCCGGCCCCCGCUCCACCCCGAAUAUGUAGCCGUCGAUCCGCGCUAUCAAUCGCCGCCGCCGCCGCCGAGGACGCGGAGGAAUCACAGACGCUCUUCGCGAAGAGGGCACUGGACCUCAUCGGGGAGCUCGUCUGCAUGA